AUGAAUGAAAACACCAAUGAAAAGAUGGAUGAAGAAAAUGAAAAAAAUGAAAAAAACGGUGACAAAAUGAUGAAAGGCGUGAUAAAGAAAAAAUUUUUCAUUUCCCCCCAGUUUUCGGACAAAAAAAAAGAAAUUGAAUACAAUGCGCUAAGGAUAUACAACAUAAAAGAAUACAUCUGUAUUCACUUAACGGUGUCUCUAUUAAUCACAUUGGUAGAAUGCUUUGCCUUCUCUUCAAAUCUAAUUAAAAAAGACCCAUCUGUUAUGGAACUUUUUGUAGUUGUAAUCUCCAUUUUGAAUUGUUUGAUGCACGUUGUUGUGUUAAUAAAAAUUUUCACCACCCCCCCCAAAAAUGCACUUACAAAAAUUUUGUUUGUUGGAUAUAUAAUUAUCAACCAAGUUUUUCAAUUUUUAUCUCUUUACUUUUUUACGAAGCAAAACGAAGUGAAUAAAAUCGAAAACUCGCGUUUCACCUUGUACAAUAACAAGUUUAGUUUGUACAUACACUUUUUUGUAGAUGCAGUUUUUCUUCUCUGUCUUCCCUCACUUAAAUUCCUUUCAACUUUACUAUUUCUGAUUGGCUACUUAAGCAUGAAUGUAAUAUUAAUGACAUUACUUAAACAUGGGGAUUCGAGAAUAGAAAUUGAUUUGUACUUCAUGUACAUACUAAGUGUGCUGUUAGUUAUGUUUUUGAUUUUAAGAUACUUGGCAGAAGAAAGAAAUCGAAUUAUGUUACACAUGCUUAAGGAUAUAUUGUGCAAUAGCUAUACGAAAUUUGAUGACUUUAGAUCAACGCUCGACCAAGAUACGGACUCUAUAGCUGUAAAUAUAGCUAAAGAUGAUAACUAUGACAAAAUGGAAGAGAAUUACAAAUUUUUAUUUUCAGAUAAGCGUAUAUUUUUUAAUGAUUUUACAAUAAAUGCAUGUUAUAAGGACUUCUACUCAGUGUCUUAUUUUUUAAAACGAUUAUUAAUUAGCUGUGAUAGUAGUAAUAAAAAUAAAGAGAUGAAAAAAAGGGUGAACCAGGAAAAAAAAAAUUUGGAAGAUGUUAAAAAGCAUCUGAACGAGUCAGACAUUUUAACAAUAGCUUACGAAGCAGAUGUUUUAAAAAACAUAAAAAAAAUAAACUCAGAUGAAAUAGGAAGAAAUUGGGAUUAUUCAUUUAUUGAUUCAGAAUAUGCAAAAUCAACACUAGUAAUUUUAGAAGUAGGAUAUCAUUUGAUUAGUCCAUAUAUCGAAAACAAUGAAAAAAAAAAAAAAAAAUUACAAUUAUUCUUGUUAUUAAUUAAUAAUAUGUAUUUCCCAAAUCCAUAUCAUAACGCAAAUCAUGGGGCAACCGUUUGUCAUUUAUCAAAAUGUCUAGCACAUAUGACCGAUUUUGAUAAAAAUUUAAAUAACACUUAUAUGAUUUGUUAUUUAAUAGCAUCUAUAGCACAUGAUGUUGGACACCCUGGUAAAACCAAUGCGUACCUUUCUGAAACGAAUCAUAUUUUAUCGAUUAGGUAUAACGAUAUGAGUAUUUUAGAAAAUUAUCACUGUAGUAUAACUUUUUCAAUUUUACAACUUAUUGGAUAUGAUUUUUUAAUAAAUAAUGAGGACACCAAAUUAGUGCAUAAAAACAAUUAUACCAAUUUGAGAAAAUUUAUCAUCGAAUUAAUUAUUUCUACUGACAUGAAGCUACAUUUUGAGUAUGUUGAUAUUUUUAAAAAAAGAAAGAGAAGCGAGAACUUUGACAUAAGCGAUAGGGAUGCUAUAAACCUAGGUACCAUUAACAUCAAAGUAGCUGACAUCGGGCACACGUGUCUCAAGUGGAGGGAUCAUGCUAAAUGGACGAUGCUGGUUAGCGAGGAGUUCUUUUCCCAGAAGGAGGUAGAAGAGCUCCACAGGAAAAACAAAAACAUGGAUACGUAUCAGUACAAUCCCCUUGGGAACGAAGAAUCCAUCGAUGAAGCCAUGAUAUUCAAUUAUGAGAAUAUUUACAUAAACUACAUGAACAAUAUAAAUAACGUUAACAAAUAUGAUUUUAGCUACAUAAAAUUAAACUUCAUACAUCAUCACGAUUUUGUUAAAAGCAUACCAAGCACACAAGUGUACUUUUUUGAAAUUAUUGUUAUGCCGUUAAUUCAAGAAUUACAAUCCAUGGAAAAGGCAAAAGAAGAGAUAACCCAAAAAGUGCUACACAAUUUAAAUAUAAAUUUAAUAACAUGGAGAUUAAUCGAAAAAAAUAUCAACCUAUUCUACAAUACUGAAAAAAUGAGAGUUACUGAUUAUUACAAAAAUUUAGAAAAGCAAAAAUUGCUAAGAGGGAUUAUUAGCUUACUAGAUCUUGGUGAGGAAGAUGUUAUAUCCUUAACAAAAAAUUAUGAUCAAGAGAAAAAUAUCGAAAAAAUCGAUGAAGAAAAAAAAAAAAAAGGGGAACAUGUGAAAGAAACAUAA